UCUCGCCAGUUAUACUCAUCAUUAAGCUACUCGUAUUUUAAUUUUCCCAAAAGAAAAAGCGGUCUCUCGUCUUCACUUUCUGCGCAGUAACCCUCCUCAUUUCCAUGUAUUAAUAGUUUCGACUCGUCAACAAAAUCUCAUCAGUCUCUUCUACCAAAUCCCAAACUCCCCAAGUCUUCGAAAGAAGACUCACUAAAAUCCUAAAAGUCUUUCCUUUAUCGGUUUUCUCUUUUCCGUACAUCGCCAUGUCUCUACGAUGGAACAAACAGAAAACUGGUCGGCUCUCGAGAUUCAUGUCGGAACUCCAACAAUCUCCGAAAAGCGGCGGGAUCAUGGUCGUUGAAACUGGCUUCCCAACUUCUCUCAUCCAUCUCUUCGUCAAAAACCGCGAUCGCCUCAAAAAAUCCUCCUCUAGAACCAAACGCAUCCUACGCCAGAUUGAGACCGCUCCAAACGCUUCUUCGCCGGCUAUAACAGACGCGAUUCUAGAAAAGCCUGUCCGGAGUAAGAUCGAGAACGCUCAUUUCGUCAACGGUGGACUGACGGCGGAGCAUAAUAAGCACACAAGUGACAAGAACGUUUGCGGUGCGUUCGUUUUGAUGGCGUUUAAGGUGUUUAUAGUGGCGGUGCUCGCCUUGAGCACGAAGAAGAAGCUCACUAUGGGAAUCACUCUCUCUGCUUUAGCGCUUCUACUAACAGAGAUCAUUACGGCGCGUGUACUCACGCGCUUUAAUCCCUGCAACGGGGUCGCGGAGAAAGAAAAGUCAGGAGUCUCAGUUCACGACAAGAACGUGAGCGAAAAGAUCGAAACUUGCGACGAUUCGACGGAGCCAAUGAAAACAGAGCCUAUAGCUGUAACAGAGGACUCCAAUUCGAAAGUUUUAAGGAUUCGUGAUCUGUUGCUAAAGGAUGACAAGGCUACAAGCAAAAGUUCAAAGCUGAAAUCGAAGAUUCUGAAAAAGUUGAGGAGCUACAAGAAGAAUAAAACAAUGAAGAUCAAAGAAGAGACUUUGACUGAUGUAUCAAGCUUGGUUUCUGAGGAUAAUUCAGAGAUAAUCAAGUCAGAGAGAGACGACGAGGUGAAGUCGAGUCCACCAUUGAUGGAAUCAAGAGGAGAUAACAUGAAUGGGAUCGUUGUUAUCGUGCUCGUGCUUACUGGUCUGUUAAGUGGAAAGGUCGUAGCUAUUGGUUUGACACUAUCCUGUCUGUAUCUCGGAUUCGGAGCAGCAAAAAAGUCUGGUCUUUGCAUAUAAAAUUCUUUCUUUUUUUCUCUUGCAAAUAUAGAAGAAUAGGUGUGGUAAUAAUCAUUGAUCAAUGGUGGUACUGGUUCCUGUACAUUUCUUAUGUUAGUUUACCACCGAGAGUUUAAUAGUUCGAAAUAAUAUCUUUCAUUUAAA